UGCCUUCAUAUUUAAAUAAGCUCCUUUGUGCACCUGACAUCUUCCCCAGGUAAUUGAUACAAAUACAAACAACACUUAGUCUGAAAGGUUUGUGUGUGCGUGUGUGUUGGUGCCUGUCUGUUUUUUUAACCCCUAUGCUCUCCGAUUACCUGCAUGUACCAAGUUGUCUGGGCGGGUCUUUGUGGCUGGAGAAGGUAAAACCUGCUAAAACAAAAAAGCUGAUACACUCAUCGGCUGCACUUAUUGGAUAGCGCGUCACUGAAGAACAAAAAGGCUAUUGUGAGAUCCCCUUUACCUGAGAGUUUCUACAUUGCAUUCAAAUCAGAAGGUACUUUGGUUUUGCACACUUCUUCUGCAGGUUUCAGUAUUCUUGUGAAGCUUGCUGUCGUUAUUGGCUUUGAAACAGGUCUCAGUUGUCCUGUGGGUCCCUUGAAUGGACUUUUAGGUGGGACGAUUUACAACUUGUUUUACAGACCAAUUCCUCGUCAUCCCUUGUGGGACCUUCCACCAUCCUUGCUCCGAUCAUGGCGAUGGGCUUCUCCCCAGAGCAGGUGGCCUGUGUUUGUGAGGUUCUUCUCCAGAGUGGAAGCAUGGAUCGCUUGUCCUCGUUCUUAUGCUCUUUACCUUCCAUUUCCUCAUUGUCCAGUGUGUAUCUGGGAAUGGCUCAGAGUCAAGAGAGCGUGCUGAAAGCGCGAGCUGCGGUUGCCUUCCACCACUGUCGUUUUGCUGAGCUCUACACCUUGUUAGAGGGCAAUGCGUUCUCCCCACGCAGUCACCCUCUCCUCCAGCAGCUCUGGCUCCGGGCUCACUACAUGGAGGCUGAAUUGCAGAGGGGCCGUCCUCUUGGGGCCGUGGGGAAGUACCGCAUCCGCCGUAAGUUCCCUCUUCCUCGUACCAUCUGGGAUGGAGAGGAGACCAGCUACUGCUUCAAGGAAAAGUCUCGAAGUGUAUUGAGAGAGUGGUACUGCAGAAAGCCGUACCCCUCGCCACGAGAGAAACGAGAUUUGGCUGCAGCCACUGGACUCACUGCUACACAAGUCAGCAACUGGUUCAAGAACCGUCGACAGCGGGACAGAGCUGCGACCAGCCGUCAGGGCAGAACCUCAGCAGGAGCGUUCCUGAGUUCUGACGAGGAGCUCUCACCGCCAGCGAGUCCCAGCAGACUCUUUUCCUGCUCCCAGCAGCUGUCUACCCACCCGCCCCCUCUCCGCCACCUGGGACCAGCACACUACUGAAAUCAAUGCAAUGGAAUACAGGUCAAAAAACAAUGUUUUGCAAUUUUAAAGGUGCUGUGUUUUUUGUACAUGAUAUGUCUCUCCUACCUGACAAGACAACAUAAUUGAAAUAAGUGUCUUUAUAAGUCACAGCUGUCUCUGUGUGAGCCCUAGACUCUGUAAGCAGCAUAAAAGAGUCAGGGGAAUAGGCCUACAUUUUUUAGGCUUUUAUGCAGUUGUGUUUUCUGAUGUGAGGUUGGUUGACAGUCUUGCGUAGGUUAACAAAAUGGCUGAAAUGGCUUACAAAAUCAAUCUUGAGCUCUGUUACACAUAAAACAGAGCAUCAGUACAGCUAGCAGCAAAUGCCAUUUUGUUUUUUUUUUGUUUUUUGUUUAUAGUGCACCCUAACAUUUGUGCUUAAGUGCAUACUGUAUUUCAGGAAAGCAAGUACUUGUGUACCAUUUCACUUGUGGAAUUAGCAAAAGUUUGAAUUGAAAAUGCUAAAGUAUCUUCCAUGUUUUUUAUUUGUGGCAUAACGCUGCAUCUUUGUCCAUUGCUAUAACUGAAUCACAUCCUCUCUUUGUAAAAUGUCUGCAUGAAAUGAAAAUUCACCCUUUCUACUUUCUAAAUGCAUGUUAUUGAUCUUACUGUGAAUAAUUCAUCCAUGCAUGCGUUUCAUUUUUUUCUUUUUUUUUUACUGACCUAAUCAUUUUUAAUCAAAAUGUCAUAACUCAAUCUUCUGGUGAUGUAUGACAAACUCUUCCAAUCAUUUUGUCCUCCUUUUCAGUAAUCAGUUUCACUCGGUUAUGCAUCACAAU